AAAGUCACGUGAUUUCUGGGAAGAGGAGCGUCUGCAGGUCUGCAGGACUCAGGGAGGCUUCUACAGUCCUCCAGUCCUCCAGUACGCACCGCAGAGCCACACACACACACUGACGGAGAGAGACGCAGGAAACGCAACUGAGUCCGUGUCUCUGUGUGUGUUUUCAGUGUUUUUAUUAAAGGAUCAUGGCAGGAGGGAGAAUGCGCUCCACUCGCAGACUGCGCUCCUGGAUGGUCGAGCAGGUCAACAGCCAGAAAUACGUGGGGCUGAUGUGGGACGACGAUUCCAAAACCAUGUUCCGCAUCCCGUGGAAACACGCGGGGAAGCAGGACUUCCGUAAAGACGAGGACGCCGCCAUCUUCAGGGCGUGGGCGGAGUAUAAAGGCAAGAUGACGGACGACAACCCGGCGGCCUGGAAGACCCGCCUCCGCUGCGCCCUCAACAAGAGCCCAGAGUUCGAGGAGGUGAUGGAGCGAGCACAGCUGGACAUAUCAGAGCCGUACAAGGUGUACCGCCUGGUCCCCUUCAGCGAGCAAGGUGUUGUGGUUCCUGAAAAGAAGUACAAAGUAAAAGCCAACAAGAGGCCGAAGAGGAGGAGGAGGAGGAGCAGCAGUGAGUCAGAGAGCGAGGAUGAAUGUCAGGUCAAGAAGAUCAAGACGGAGGAGGUCAGCUCGCAGGUGUGUGUGGUCGAGCCUCUGCCACGGAGCGACGUCCACAUCCUGACAGACGAACCCGCUCAGCACACGACGACCACCCUGCUCAGCGAAGAGGUCGAUGAGAUCCGGUUUGACGUGCGGAUCGAGGAGAGCGUCUCUGAUCCAGCAGAAGUCCAGGACUCCUUCAACGUGGUGGUUCACUAUUUAGGACAGGAGGUCAUGAAACGUCAGAUCAAGGGCUCCGACGUCAGGAUCCUGUACCUUUCUCCCUCUCCCGCCCCUCCGACGCCGGCGGUCAUGAAAAGCAGGUUCCCGCGCAUCCCGCUGCCGGAGCCGCCGUCCUCGCUGCAGACCGGCCAGGAGCUGCAGGCCCUGUUCACCCUGCUGCCCUUCAUGGAGAAAGGAGUGGUGCUGACGUCCACGCCGCAGGGGGUUUACGGCAAACGCUUCUGCCAGGGGCGGGUCUUCUGGACGGGGCCGCACACGACCACGCCGGAGCUGCACAAGAUGGAGAGAAACACGGACCCGGUGCUGCUCUUCAGUAAAGAGAAGUUCAGGCAGCAUCUCGACUACUUCCGUUUAAACGGCGGCGAGCCUCCUCAGUGCGGCGUCACUCUGUGUUUUGGAGAGGAGCUGAGUGACUCUGAAGACCCGUCCAGAAAACUCAUCAUUGUUCACAUCACUUUGCCCUGGGCGGAGCAGCAGGUGCGAGACGCUCCAUACAUCUUCGACUCUUCCUUCAGCAUCUUACAGACUCUGGCCAGUCAGUCUCCGCUUGGAGAGAUAACUCUAAACCUGGUCCCCCUGCAAUCACCUACAGCUGAGACCAUCAUCUGCGGGUCUGUCUGAGCACUUUGUCCACCAGGGGGGGAAUUAUGGAUUUCAAAAUAAGGGACUUCAAAAACCAAAUCAUCCAAAAGAAGAAAAAUCUGAUUCAUUAGAUAAUCUGGAUUCACUCAGCUCCAACAGUUCACAACAAAUCAAACUAAUCAGACUUUUCUUACUUUGACCUCAUUCUGUUUUUGAGAUGAUCAAUGUGUCCUUAAAAAAAAAAAAACACUAAACACUAAGCGCCGGCUUUAGAGCUGCAACUUUCUGUCAAUCAACUGAAGCUGCAGACAUUUUGAUACUUGUUUCUGUACGUUUUACAGAAAAUGCACAAAAAACGCAAACAGCUGAUUCAAGCUUUUCAAACAGGAUUAUCUGUGUCAACAACUUCAUCCAUUUUUUGUAACGUUUUAGAGAUGGUUCGAUUUUAAAAAUGAGCUCGAGCCUUCGUCUUUCUUCGUCAGAUCCUGAUCGCAUGUUCUUCCAGUAGGUUUGUUUCCCAACCUGAGGGUGGAGACCCCUUAAAAAGUCCCAAAUUAGCUUUUACGGUGGACGGAAACCUUUUAUACAAUAGGAACGUCAUCCGCUCACUUCCUGUGAAUAACUGGAAACAUUUAGAGGAUUCAUAUAAUCUGUAAUGAACACGACAGAUUCAAAGCGUUUGGUUGAACUGGUUUCAAUCUGAAUUUAAAUAUGCAUAAAAGGAAACAACAUAAAAAAGUUAAAGCUGCAAAAUAUCUCAGAGUAACCCUGGAGUCGUAGAUGUAGUGAGCACUGAUGUAUCACGCCGCCGUUGUUUCUCUGUAUGCACGCCUCUUCGUCCAGCUCUGAUUUUAGUUCUGCUCAUGUAUCAUGUUCUAGUUGAGAGGAGUUGACCUAGUUUUAAUAACCGUACUACAUCUUAGGAUUAGCUUGUUCACCUUAAACCAACCUCUGACUUCCUUUGAGAUGUGUAAAUGUUCUGCUGUUCGUCAAACGAAAGUCUGAACACGUUUUGAUGUAAAAGUCCUGCAGUGAAAACGAUCUGCUGAAGUUUGAAAUGUUCCGUUUGAGUGGAGGUGGUCAGAGAUGGUUUGUGGGGCGUUAACUUUUUGUCACUGAUGCUCCGAUGAUUCGGGCGGGGAGUAAAGAAAGGCAGCUACACAGUGAUUUAAAGGCAGUGUGACAGAGGCAUGCAGAGAGGUACAGAGUCAGAGUCACUGCCUGAGUUUUCGGUGCAUCAGUCACAAACAAACCCGACAGAGUUAAAGUGACUUUAAAUUUCCUCCCUGUUUAACGUUUGGAAACUAGACACAAACAUGAUGAUGUCACUGUUUUCAGUCAUCCCUAACUAUUCCUCUGAUAACAUCUCCGUUAGAGAAUGAUGUAAUGUUCAUGUUGUUUUGUUUCACUGUAAUUAACUCUCUAAGAGGACGCUUGCACUUUCGGACGCUCGCUUGAGGAGUAAAUGUUGUUCGUAAUAAAAUGAUAAACACUUCUAACGGCAUGACACGGAAAAAAGAAAGAGACACAAAGAAAUCCUUUGAGGUCAAAUUCUGUUUCCUCCGAAUUCUGACUUAAAUCUGAGAAAAUUGAAGAGAAAAAAAACUGCAAGUAUUCUGAUUUUAAAAUUAGGAGUGUGACUCGUCACUUUCGGGGGGAAAAAGUAAAUAUUAUGACUUUUUUUCUUUUUAAGAAAUCUGAAUUUUAAGUCAGAUUUCCAUUUUUAAUAUCUGAAUUUGGAGGGAAAAAAAAUUGAAUUCGGAGAUGAAUGUCAGAACAUCAAAUUCAAUCUGAGUGAUCUGACUUCAAUCUCAGAAUUUCAUCUCAGAAGUUUGAAGACAAAAUAUUUUUUUUUUGAGUUUAAAGUCAAAAUUUGGAUCAAAAUCUUGGGAAUCUGAUUUUGUGUUUCAGAAUUCUUGACUUUAUCUCAGAAUUCAAGAAUUUUGAAUUUUUGGAUUUCUGUCAGAAUUCUGGAAUUUUUGGAUUUAUCAGUUUAUGUCAGAAUUCUGGAAUUUGGAAUUCUUGAAUUUAUGUCAGAAUUCUGGAAUUUAAAAUUCUUGAAUUUAGGUCAGAAUUCUGGAAUUCAAAAUUAUUGACUUUGUCAGAUUUCCGGAAUUUGGAAUUCUUGAAUUUCUGUCAGAAUUCUGGAAUUUAAAAUUAUUGACUUUAUGUCAGAUUUCCAAAAUUUAGAAUUCUUGAAUUUAUGUCAGAAUCCUGGAAUUUAAAAUUCUUGAAUUUAGGUCAGAAUUCUGGAAUUUAAAAUUAUUGACUUUAUGUCACAUUUCCAGAAUUUAGAAUUCUUGAAUUUAUGUCAGAAUCCUGGAAUUUAAAAUUCUUGAAUUUAGGUCAGAAUUCUGGAAUUUAAAAUUAUUGACUUUAUGUCAGAUUUCCAGAAUUUGGAAUUCUUCAAUUUAUGUCAGAAUUCUGGAAUUUAAAAUUCUUGAAUUUAGGUCAGAAUUCUGCAAUUUAGGAUUCUGCAAUUUUUGUCAGAAUUUUGAGAGGAGAAAAAAAUGUUCGCCCCACAAAUGUGUUGUUUUUUUGUGGCUCUCUUCCUGUGCCGUAGAAACUCCAUUUAAUGGAAACAUUCCUUUAACAUUAAUUCACUGUAUAGAAAUGCGAAAUAGAGAAGGGGAAAUGUUAAGUGUUUCAGGUUCUAUUAUGUUUAAUCUUUUUUUUUUGUUUAUUAGUAAAACACUGAAAAUUAAAAAGAGAUUAUGUUUGAUCUUCUGCCACCAAACUAUCAUGUAAUCACAUGAGACCUGCCAAACACAAAGCAGGGUUAGCUUUUUAACGAACCCGUCUUCACUGCAGGACUUUGUAUUAUCAGGUGUUUGUCUGUCCGUCUCUGGAGAGUGUACAUAUUGAAAACAAUAACACAACAACAAAAGAAACACAGAACCAGAAGUACCACAGGUGUGCUGUUAUAGUGUUGAAGGUGUUUUAGUUGAAUGUAAAUGAACAGGGUGUUGGGCUGAGCCACAAGGCACACUCAGGGGGGGAGGAGGGGGAGGGAGAGGGGGGAGGAGGAAGACUGCAUUAUUUUACAAGACUGUAAAUAUUUGUUAUUUAUGCAUGUCCUAUGUUAUGUCCAUGUUCAGUUGACCAAUGCAUUAAAGUGAAUAUAUUCCUAACUCUA